GUGGCCACGCCCCCCACCGCCCGACGUGCGCACGCCGCAGCGCGGGGCACAACGAGCCGUCCCGGCGCCCGGCGCGAGCCGCCGGCACCAUGAUCACUUCCGGUUUCUCUUCCCCCAACCCCCCAGCAGCAGCUCAGGAGGUCAGACCUGCCACUGAUGGUAGUAGCAGCAGCAGCAGCUCCUCCUCCUCCUGCAAGAAGAGAAAGUUAAACAGCAGCAGCAACAACUCGGAGAGAGAAGAGUUUGAUUCCCUUUCCUCCUGCUCCUCCUCUCCUUCCAAAAACAGCUCCUCAUCCUCAUCUUCCUCCAUCAUCACCACCUCUUCCUGCUCCUCCUCAGGGGGUGCCUCCACCAACCAUCACCUACAGAAGAAGCUGCGCUUUGAGGACUCCUUGGAUUUUAUUGGACUCGAUGUGAAGAUGGCUGAAGAGUCUUCCUCUUCCUCUUCUCCCGCCGCCUCUUCUCAGCAGCAGCACCAGCAGCAGCUCAAAAAUAAAAGCCUUUUAAUUUCUUCAGUGGCCGUUGGGCACCAUGCGAAUGGUCUGACCAAAGCUGCCUCCUCUACUGUUUCCAGUUUCGCCAAUAGUAAACCUGGCUCUGCCAAGAAGUUAGUGAUCAAGAACUUUAAAGAUAAACCUAAAUUGCCUGAAAACUACACAGAUGAAACCUGGCAAAAACUGAAAGAAGCUGUAGAAGCAAUCCAAAACAGUACUUCAAUUAAGUAUAAUUUGGAAGAGCUGUAUCAAGCUGUUGAAAAUCUCUGCUCCUACAAGAUUUCUGCAAACUUGUACAAACAAUUGAGACAGAUUUGUGAAGACCAUAUUAAAGCACAAAUUCACCAAUUUAGAGAGGAUUCAUUGGACAGCGUUCUUUUUCUAAAGAAAAUAGAUAAAUGUUGGCAAGAUCACUGCAGACAAAUGAUCAUGAUUAGGAGUAUCUUUUUGUUCCUGGAUAGAACUUAUGUGCUUCAAAAUUCAAUGCUGCCAUCAAUUUGGGAUAUGGGGCUAGAAUUGUUUCGGACUCAUAUAAUUAGCGAUCAAAAAGUUCAGAACAAGACCAUUGAUGGCAUUCUUCUGCUGAUUGAGAGGGAAAGAAAUGGUGAGGCUAUUGACAGGAGUUUGCUUCGAAGCCUUCUAAGUAUGCUUUCUGAUUUGCAGAUUUAUCAAGAUUCUUUUGAACAUAGAUUCUUGGAAGAAACCAAUCGUCUAUAUGCAGCAGAGGGACAGAGGCUUAUGCAAGAACGAGAGGUUCCAGAAUAUCUCCAUCAUGUCAACAAACGCUUGGAAGAAGAAGCAGACAGAAUUAUCACAUACUUGGAUCAGAGCACGCAGAAGCCACUAAUUGCUACUGUAGAAAAGCAACUUCUAGGUGAACAUUUAACAGCCAUUCUUCAGAAAGGUUUAAACCAUCUUCUCGAUGAAAACCGAAUUCAGGAUCUCUCUCUUCUGUAUCAGUUGUUCAGUCGAGUAAGAGGAGGAGUGCAGGUUCUAUUACAGCACUGGAUUGAAUACAUAAAGGCAUUUGGUAGCACUAUUGUAAUUAAUCCAGAGAAAGACAAAACCAUGGUCCAAGAGCUGCUUGACUUCAAGGAUAAAGUUGACCAUAUUAUUGAUGUCUGCUUUCUGAAGAAUGAGAAAUUUGUCAAUGCCAUGAAAGAAGCUUUUGAAACCUUCAUUAACAAGAGACCAAACAAGCCAGCUGAACUUAUAGCAAAAUAUGUGGAUUCAAAACUUCGAGCAGGCAACAAAGAAGCUACUGAUGAAGAACUUGAAAAAAUGCUGGAUAAAAUUAUGAUUAUAUUUAGGUUCAUUUAUGGAAAAGAUGUUUUUGAGGCCUUUUAUAAAAAAGAUCUAGCUAAGCGGCUACUAGUUGGGAAAAGUGCAUCAGUAGAUGCUGAAAAAUCUAUGCUUUCCAAACUCAAGCAUGAAUGUGGAGCUGCUUUCACCAGCAAACUUGAAGGAAUGUUUAAAGAUAUGGAACUUUCAAAGGACAUAAUGAUUCAGUUCAAACAGUAUAUGCAAAAUCAAAAUGUACCUGGUAACAUUGAACUAACAGUGAACAUCUUGACCAUGGGUUAUUGGCCAACAUAUGUGCCUAUGGAGGUCCACUUACCCCCAGAGAUGGUAAAACUACAAGAAAUCUUCAAGACAUUUUAUCUAGGAAAACACAGUGGUAGGAAACUUCAGUGGCAGUCAACACUAGGACACUGUGUAUUAAAAGCAGAAUUCAAGGAGGGCAAAAAAGAACUGCAAGUUUCUUUGUUCCAGACACUGGUGCUGCUUAUGUUUAAUGAAGGAGAGGAGUUCAGUUUAGAGGAGAUAAAGCAAGCUACUGGAAUAGAGGAUGGAGAGUUAAGAAGGACACUCCAGUCAUUAGCCUGCGGCAAAGCUAGAGUACUAACUAAAAGCCCUAAAGGCAAAGAUGUGGAAGAUGGUGAUAAAUUCACAUGCAACGAUGACUUCAGACACAAGCUCUUCAGGAUAAAGAUCAAUCAAAUCCAGAUGAAAGAAACAGUAGAGGAACAGGCAAGCACUACAGAGAGAGUAUUUCAGGACCGGCAGUACCAGAUUGAUGCUGCAAUUGUACGAAUCAUGAAGAUGCGCAAGACUCUCAGUCACAACUUGCUUGUGUCAGAGGUGUACAACCAGCUUAAAUUCCCCGUAAAGCCUGCUGACCUUAAGAAGAGAAUAGAAUCCUUAAUUGACAGGGACUACAUGGAAAGAGACAAAGAGAACCCAAACCAGUACAACUAUAUUGCAUAAACAUAUGUUGGCCUUUUGUUUUUCUGCACACUUGGUGUCAUACUCAAUUGCCAGUGGAUAAACUAGCCUGUUGACCCCAUUAAUUGACUUUUUAUACUACCGAUGACGGAAUGAAAGCAGUGUAAUGGAAAAGUAUAGUAGAGUGGACUUUCUCAGUGGUUAACAUGCCCAUUUAAAGAGUACUUAUUUACAUUUUAAGAAGAAUGCUGUUGAACUCUUUGCAUGUUAUGUAGUAAGAUGUGCAGAAAGCUGUAAGAAAGUACUUGGUCUUCGUGAUUCCAUUUGUCUCUGGGUCUGAAGAGGAGUCCCUUGGUAUAAGGCAAAUGUUCCUUUACACAUUUAAACUAUGAAGCAGAAGGUUUAAUUAACACAAGAAAAUAGCCUUUACAAUGCUUAAACUGCAUGCAACUUUUCAAUUUUCUGUACAGACUGCUGGGUGUAUUUCAGUUGGCAGCACCACCAUUGGUUUGGUCAUUACUUGUAUUGGGUUUUUUCCCCAGGGGGGAGGGAGGGCAUUAAGUCAUGCUUUACUGACUUUUCUAUUCAAAAACCUUAUCUGUUAAAAUUGGGAGGAAAUAUAAAAGAAAUUAUACCAAUAUAAAAUUUAUUGUAAGGCUUGGAGUGUGUGUGUGUGAGUGUUUAAUCAUUCCUUAAACAGCUGUUGCAGCAAAAAGUUAAUCGGCAGGUUUAGAUUUGUAUUUGUGGCUUUCCCUCAAAAUUCAGUGUUUACCUUUUGAAACUUUAGCAUAAAACAGCUACAACAGAGAAAAAGUGUUUUACUGGUUGUGGAUAAGGCAUUCUAUGAAGGAGUGCUCAGCAGAAAAAGAUUUUUAAAGUCAGGGAGGAAUAACCACAGGUUUUUUGUGAAAUUGCUGUAUUAACAAAAACAGAUGGAUUUUAACACUCAUUUUUCUUUGCAAUAUUCUAUGCGGCUUAAAUUAAGCCCAAGGCUUAGACACGGCAACGGAUCUAGACCCACCCUUUGUUGUUAUAAGCCAAGCUAAGGCUUUAAGAACUCGGUCCUAGACAACAGCAGGCCUCCUUGAACCCAGAAGCCUACCUCUCAUAGAGAAAGAUGGUGAAAUGCUGCUUCAAGGCAUCUAUGACCUGUUUUCUUAGAUGACAAGAGCAUUCUUCUUGAAGUGUGAGAGAAUACGUUGCUUGAAUGCAGAGCGUUUACAACAACAAACCUCAUCAGUAAUGUGUGCCAGGAAUUAUAUUGAUGUUGGAGGGGGGAAAUGUCAGAAGGGUUGGACAGAGAACUUCUUAGUUUUUAUAGGCAUAGAGCAGCUUCUCCCUGCCUCACCCAGCCAAGCUUCAGACCCAGUUCUGUCAUGCUGCAGGGCAAAAUGAUCUUGCAAGCCUGCGUAGUCCUGGGGAAUGCCACAUAGUUCUAGAAGGCACGACAAAGUUUGUUGGGAAAAAAAUGCAGCAUCGCACUCACUUGGGAGCAACGACUACUUUCUUUUGAAGUGUGUGUCCUGAAUAGCACUUGCUUAAUGUUUUGUGUUCUGUUGUUUCAUCCCCUGACUCUGCACUCUGCGUGCGUAUGUAUAUGUCAUAUCUGGAACAUCCCCCUUCGUAAAGAUGGUCUUUCUUGGUCCUGAAUUACCUCCAUGUUGUUUUCCCUCUAGCUGGUUUUACAUGAAAUGUUCCCUUGACAAACAAAGCAGCUUCCCCCCCUCCCCCCAAGAAAAAAAGCACUGCUUAUUCCAGCUCUCCUCCCUCAACAUUGACAUUUUCGGUAAAAUGUAUAGUUUUCCAUAGGAACUGCAUCAGGAACCAGUCUCUUGUCCAUAAGUUCAGGCAUUUGACUACUCCACUGUUAGGGCAACCCUUGUCUUCACAAAGCCCACCAUUUGCAAUAGGGAGGUGUGUUUAGGAUGCUGGAAGGCUGCUUCUGCCUAGAGAGGCAAGCUUUCACUUGGAUAUAGGAAACCACUGGGGAGAAAGAGAGCGAGGAAACUAAAUAAUGCUUUUUCUAUGUUCCUUUUUUAAACUGUUCUUUCUACUUUGGUUCUGUGUCAUGUCUCUUUUCCCCAUCUGUGUGAUGGCUUUGCAUUGUUUGUGCGUGUGUGUGUGUGUUUGUUUUCAGUGAAAUUUGCUCAAAAAAGUAUUUUUGGAAACUAAUUACAUUUUUAUUAUGAGAAGAGGAGAUGGAAAUCAAAAUACCUGACUGUUCCAGCUCCAAACUGUUGUGAUCUUGGUUGGAACUGAAUUGCGUAUAGGUACAAAAAUGACAGAUUCUGAUAGAAUCCCAUUAGAUGUUGAAAUUCAGCUGACCAGAAAGUUUGCAAAGUGUCUUUUUGUUUUUGGUUUUAACAUCCUAUUUAUUUCAAUGAAUUGAAUUCAGACAUUAUUAUAUAGAAAACUUGUGUCUUUUAGUUGUCAUUUAGAUAGAUACAAAGUUCUGAUGUCGAAAUGGAGGCAAUGUUUUUUGUUUCACUGACAAUCCUGCUAUUAAAGCUACCCAAUGAAGGGCCUGCGAGGACACUGAACAGACCAGAUGCUUGAGAAGAGCAGGGAAAACCAAGCCCUUGUUUAGAAAAGACUUGUGGGAUGAAGAAACAACUUGUUAAUUUCUGCCAAGGUCUUUCUUUCCUGGUUAAUGACAGAGCGGCAGCCAAGAUGAGUAUCCAGCUGUUAAACUCUGCAACUUCUUGCUGGGAUCAUGUGCCUGCCUAUUGAGCCAUAUAUAUAUAUAUAUAUAUACACACACACACAUAUGUAUAACUUUUUUUUCAGUUGGCUUGGACCACAACUUAUUUGGCUAUAACACAAGGUGUCUGUUUGCCCAUACAUUUUUAAAUCUUCACUCUUGCAUGCAGUUUAUAGCAGCCUUGUUAAUAAGAAAUUGCAGUUUAUUCUUAGAAAUAUAUAUUUUAGGUUUUUUAAUCUUUAUACCCAUAAAUGGACUAUUUUUUGUCUUGGCUGGUUUAAAGGAAAGUGACCAUUUUGUUUAAAUGCUGUAAUUGCGGAAGUGUUGUAAACAUUGUUUUGUUCUAUAGUUCACACAAAGGUGCCAAAGUAAAUAUAGUUAAUAACAAAGGUGAAAGAAACCUAGCAAAUUUUUAAGUUGCUUUAGCUGUGGUUUAUAUUUUGGUCUUUGCUCAUUUCUCAGUCACAGUAUCUUUCAUUUUCCUAAACAUAUCAGUUUGCCCUAAUGCUUUCUUUUAAACAAUGUUUUAUUUGUGCAUCUAAAAAUUGUUCAAAUGCCACUUUGUUUUUUUAGUGAUUUCAUAUAAUAGGAAGAGUAUUUUCUUUGAAAAGUUACACUAAAGUUGUAAGAGUACAGCAGCAUUCAAAAAUGUAAUAUAAUUUUUGUAUAACAGUUCUUCAGAAGUAUGUCUGGAGUGGGGAAAAAAAACUAACCCUGUUACUUUUAAGAAGCCUCUUCACUACUAGAAUAUAAAAUUGCAUCAAAUUAUAGUUUUCACUGCAUCAGAAAUUAUAGUUAUGCAGACUUGCAAACAGGGCAUGUGUCAGCAUUGCGUCCUUUAAUGCAAAAAGCGAAACCUUUUUAAUGUUUCAUAACAAGUCUGAAAUGGGUACAGAGAGUCUUUCUUAAGUUGGUAAAUAAUGUAAAUACAUGUCCUUUCAAAGAGUGAGUCUGUUACCUAGGUAUUUUGUGUCAUUUAAUAAAUAUUAAACAGUUUUGUGUUGAUAAA